AUGCGCAUAGAAAGAGUUUUGCUCAAUUGGUCGUGUCUGUCCAUUUCGGUUAUAUGGGCGAUCAUUCUCCAAAACGGCCAGCUUAGACUCAAUGCAUAUCCUGGACAGGCACCAUUGAUCCCACACGCAGCAGGGAAUUCGUUGUGGAGGCACUAUGCGCCCUCUGCGCCCGAGAUCUCGUACCAGGGCCGAUGGGAUAACCAAUACAUAUCUUCACCGGGAUUACGUUUGGAAUUUACUGGGCAUCAGCUGGCACUUAGCUUUGGUCAGCAUACUGACCCCGGGGUCCUAAUCGCUUACCGGCUGGGACGGUUGGACUGGCAAUUCUCCAAUGUGACAGGUAAUUCAACAUACCAAUUCAUCGGGCCGUGGACGCCAGGGAUCAACGGAUCUAUCGCAUCGGAAAAGAAAUCCUUCGAACUCAGGGGCGAGUCAUGCACAGUCCAAAUAUCAGGGGUAGCAGUGGCUGCGGAUGGAAAGCUUUCCCAGAUUCAGAGAGCCUCCAAAACCGUUGAAGUGAUCGGCGACUCGCUUAGCAUCGGGCAAUAUGCAACCUACGAGGGCCUUUCAUCAUGGGCCUACGCCGUGGGCGCCGGUCUACAGGACGUCGAAUAUUCAAUUACUGCGUAUUCCGGGAUCUGUGUCCACGAUCGAGAGUGCUGGGGGAAUCAUCACGGUCAGGUAUAUCAAUGGUAUCGUACGUGUGAUUCCUCGCCGCGCGCUCGACGCAUCUACGGAGCGAAUCCGCCAAGAUGGGACUUCGGAGCGCAUGCAGCAGCCGACCUGGUUAUUAUCAACCUGGGCGCAAAUGAUGAUCUGAACGGGGUUUCGAGCACGGAUCUGGUGUCCAGUUACAUCACUCUUAUCGAUGGCGUCCAUUCCGUUUGGCCGGACGCACACAUCGUUAUCAUGUCCUUGUGGGGAGACUUUGUUCAGAGAGGCCUCACAUUUGUGCAGGCUCCGCAGGGUGUGCGGGAAAUCACAACGGUCUACCAGCACUACCGGGAUCAAGGAAAGGGAUAUGUGCAUUUUUUCGAAACCAGCGGGAUAUUCAAACACGGUGACAUUGCGCAGGACGGUCACCUCAAUGAUAUGGGCAAUGCCAAGCUGGCCAGUCACCUGAUGCAGUGGAUCAGCAGUCAGUUUGGAUGGACAAUGGAUACGGACGGGGCUGAAAUACUGCAUGGGACGCAAUAUUGGAACACAGAGGGAAACUAUUGA